AUGAAAGCGGAGAUUGAAAAGCUCAAGAAGGAAUUGGCAGAGAGCAAAGGAGGAGGAAAGGGCGUGGGGGUAGUGGGAGAGCGAGAUAAGGAAAUGAAGGAAAUGGAGGAGAAAAUGAUGGUGAUGGAGGUAGAGGUUGGGAAGUACAAAUUCGUGCAUGACAGUUUAAAAGAGAGGGUAGAGAGGCUGACCAGGGAUAACAAGAAACGAAUUGCGUCUGAGAAAGAGGCGCUAGAUGCGAUUGGGAAGGUGAGGGAGGAGAAGGAGGAGGUGGAGAAGAGACUGAGUGAGGUGGAGGCGGAAAGGGAUGAGGCGAGGAGGAAGUGUGAGGAAGCGCAGCAACGGAUGGCAGAGGCUGUGAGAGAGAGAGGAGAGGUGGAGGUGAGGAGGGAUGAGGAUGUAGCUACUGUGCGGAGGGCUAUGGAGGAGGAGAAGCGGAAGGUUGAGGAGGGAAGGAGGAAGGCGGAGGAGGAGAGGGAUGGAGUGUUGAAGGCGAAGGGUGAGGUGGAAGGGGAGAAGGGGGUGUUGAUGGGUAGGUUGGCGGAGGCGGAGAGGGGACGAGAGGAUGCGGAGAAGGGGAGACGAGAUGCAGAGGAGGAGAGGGGACGGGCUGAAAGGGAAAAGGAACAGGCGUGGAAGGAGAGGGAGGAGGCGGAGGCAGCUCGGAAGGAGGCGGAAGGGGAGAGGGAUGAGGCCGUGAGGGCGAAGGAGGAGGCGCAGAGGGAACGAGAUGAGGCGACGAGGGCGUGUGAGGCGGCGGAAACGAAGCAAGAGGAGGCGGAGAAGAGAAGAGACGAGGCAGAGAAGUCAAGGGAGGAAGCAGAGACACGGAGGGAGGAGGCCGAGAGAGAGAGAGGGAAGGCGGAAGAGGAGAAGGAGCAAGCGAAGAAGGAGAGGGAAGAGGCGGAGGCAGCACGGGGAGUGGCGGAGAAAGAGAGGGAAGAUGCAGUAAAGGGUAAGGAGGAGGCGGAGAGGGAACGAGAAGAGGCGACGAGGGCUUGUGAGGCAGCGGAAACGAAGCAAGAGGAGGCGGAGAAGAGAAGAGACGAGGCAGAGAAGUCAAGGGAGGAAGCAGAGACACGGAGGGAGGAGGCCGAGAGAGAGAGAGGGAAGGCGGAAGAGGAGAAGGAGCAAGCGAAGAAGGAGAGGGAAGAGGCGGAGGCAGCACGGGGAGUGGCGGAGAAAGAGAGGGAAGAUGCAGUAAAGGGUAAGGAGGAGGCGGAAAGGGAACGAGAAGAGGCGACGAAGGCACGUGAGGCUGCGGAAGGGAAGCAAGAGGAGGCGGAGAAGAGAAGAGACGAGGCAGAGAGAUUAAGGGAGGAAGCAGAGGCACGGAGGGAGGAGGCUGAGAGCGCAAGAGGGAAGGCGGAAGAGGAGAAAGAGAAAGCGAAGAAGGAGAGGGAAGAGGCGGAGGCAGCACGAGGAGAGGCGGAGAGGGAGAGGGAUGAAGCUGUAAAGGGUAAGGAGGAGGCAGAGAGGGAGAGGGAGGAGUCAGUAAAAGGCAAGGAGGAGGCGGAGAGGGAGAGGGAUGAUGCAGUAAAGGGUAAGGAGGAGGCGGAGAGGGAGAGAGAUGAUGCAGUAAAGGGUAAGGAGGAGGCGGAGAGGGAGAGGGAUGAUGCAGUAAAGGCCGUAAAGGGUAAGGAGCAGGCAGAGGCGGGGAUGGAGGAGUCAGUAAAAGGUAAGGAGGAGGCGGAGGGGGAGAGGGAUGAGGCACUAACGGGUAAGGAGGAGGCAGAGAAAGAGAGGGAUGAUGCAGUAAAGGGUAAGGAGGAGGCGGAGAAAGAGAAGGAUGAAGCAGUAAAGGGUAAGGAGGAGGCGGAGAGGGAGAGGGAUGAGGCAGUUAGGGUAAAGCAAGAGGCGGAAACUGAGAGAGACGAAGCAGUAAAAGGUAAGGAGGAGGCGGAGAGGGAGAGAGAUGAGGCUGUAAAGUGUAAAGAGGAGGCAGAGAGGGAGAGGGAUGAGGCUGUAACGGGUAAGGAGGAGGCGGACGCAAAACGGGCAGAGGCCGAAAGCGCUCGUGAAGCGGCUGAGAAGAGGCAAGAGGAGGCAGAAAGAGGGAGGGAGGAGGCAGAGGGUAAAAGGGAAGUUGCGGAAAGGGAGAAGGAGGAAGCGGAGCAGGCACGUGCAGAAGCAGAGGCACGGAGAGACGAGGCUGAGAGGCUUCGUGCAGAGGCUGAUGGGAAUAGAGCGGAUGCAGAGAGGGCGAAAGAGGAGGCUGAGAAGGCGAAGGAGGAAGCGGAUAACGCUAGGGAAGAGGCGGAGAGGGAGAGGGAGAAGGCAGAGAAGAGAAGGGAGGAGGCUGAGAAGGCAAGGGAGGAAGAGGAGAAGCUGAGGAAGGGAGCAGAAAGGGCACGCAAUGAGGCGGAGAAAGCAAGGGAGGAGGCGGAGAAAGCCAAGAGCGAGGCAGAGUCGAAGCUGGCAGUUGCAGAGACGAGCAGAGUGGCAUCCGAGCAGACGUGUGCUCACGCUGAGGAGAGAUCAGCUGAGGCUGAGAAGCAGCGAGCAGCAGCUGAACAGGCUUGUUGUGAUGCGAGGGCGCUAGCUGAGGAGGCAGAGAGGCGACGGGAAGGUGCUGAAGUGAAGCAGAAGGAAGAGGAAGAGAGGAGGAAGGAGGCAGAGGAGAGGAGGGAAGCUGCUGAGAAAGUAAAGGAGGAGGUGGAGGAGAGGCAACGAGAGGCAGAGAAAGCAAGGGCUGCUGCUGAGGAAGCGCGAGAGGAGAGCGAGAAGGCAAGGGAUGAGGCUGAUGCGAAGAGGGAAGAAGCCGAAGAGGCAAGGGAGGAGGCGGAGAAGGGAAGGGAGGAGGCAGUAGAGAGGGCAGCAGCGGCGGAGGAGAGGAGUGAGGAGGAGAGGAAGGCGAGGGAAGAAGCUGAGAGGGCGAGAGAGGAGGCUCAAAGGUUGAGGGAAGAGGCGGAAAAGUGUACAGAGGAAGCGAUAAAGGCGAGAGAGGAUGCAGAGGCACGAUGUGAGGAGGCAGAGAGGAAGCAAGUAGAGGCUGAGGUGGGCAAGGAAGAAGCAGUGGAAGCGAGGCAGCAAGCAGAAGUAGCGCGGGAGGAGGCUGAGAGGAAGCAAGCAGAGGCGGAGAGAAUGCAGGUGGAUGCAGAAACGAAACAGGCAGAGGCAGAGGUGGUGAAGGAAUCAGCAGAAGCAGCACGUGCAGAAGCAGAGGUGGGGAGGGCUGAAGCUGACAAGGCAAGAGAGGCAGCUGACAAGGCAAGAGAGGCAGCUGACAAGGCAAGAGAGGAUGCAGAAGGGAGGCUUAGGGAGGCAGAGAAAAGAGCAGAGGAGGCGGAAGAGAGUGCGAGGGAAGCAGUGGAAAGGGGUAAGCAGGCGGAGGAGAGGGCACGGGAAGCAGAGAGGGCAGAGCUAGAGGCAAGAGAACAAAGUGAGGUGGCGAAGAAGGCAAAGGCGGAAGCAGAGGCUACACGCGAGGUAGCAGAACGAGAUAGAGAGGCAGCUGAGAGGGCGAAAGAGGAGGCUGAGAGGGCGAGAGAGGAGGCUGAAAAGGCAAGGAGGGAAGCUGAGCAGGGGAAAGAGGAAUCGGAGCAAGCUCGAGCAGCAGCUGAAAUGUCGACAAAGGAGGCAGUUGAAGCAAAGGAGGAGGCUGAGAGAGUCAGCGAGGAGGGUGAGAAGGCGAGGAAGGAGGCAGAGAGGGGCAGGCGAGAAGCAGAGAGAGCACAGGCGGAGGCGGAGAGGCAGAGAGAUGAGGCGGAGAGGCGAAUGGCUGGUGCUGGGAUGAGCAAGGAUGAGGCGGAGAGGGAGCGGGAGGAGGCGCAUAGGAGCAGGGCGGAGGCGGAAAGGAGGAUGGAGGAGGCAGAAAGCAGGAGAGAGGAGGCUGAGAAGAGGAGAGAUGAGGCGGAGAGAGCAAGGGAGGUUGCUGAGGAGGCGAGAGAAGAGGCUGUGAGAGAGAAGGAAGAGGCUAUGAGAGAGAAGGAAGAGGCUGUGAGAGAGAAGGAAGAGGCUACUCAGGGGAUGGCUGAGGCGGAGGAGAGGCGGGUGGAGGCAGAGAGGAGAGAAAGUGAAGCAGAAGAGAGGGAGCGGGAGGCUGAGAAGGCAAAGGAAGAGGCUGAGAAGGCUUGGGAGGAUGCAGCUAAAGCUGCGGAAGAGGCUGAGCAGGCAAAGAGAGAGGCGCUUGAAGCUAAGGCAGAGGCCGAGGAGAGGAGGGCGGAGGCAGAGAGGACUCGAGAUGCUGCAGAAGCGAAGGCAGCUGAAGUAGAGAAGGCGAUGGAAGAGGCUAUCUGUGCGAAGGCAGAGGAGGAAGAGAGGAGGUUGGAGGCCGAGAGAGCACGAGAUGCUGCAGAGGCGAAGGCAGCUGAACUAGAGAAGGCUGUGGACGAGGCUGUGAGUGCAAAGGCAAAGGAGGAGGAGAGGAGGGUGGAGGCAGAAACAGCACGAGAUGCUGCAGAGGCGAAGGUGGAGGGGUUAGAGAGGGCUGUGGCAGAGGCAGAGGCGGCGAGGAAGGUAGCAGAGGAGGAGAGGAGUGAGGCGUUGAGGGGCGAGGAGUGUGCUGUGGAGGAGCGGUAUGAGCUGGUGCAGGCUCUUGAACGGGCGGGUGAGGAGAAGGAUGAGUUGACAAGGGCUGCUGAAGCAGUGAAAGGGGAGAGGGAUGAGCUGGUGCAGGCUCUUGAACGGGCGGGUGAGGAGAAGGAUGAGUUGACAAGGGCUGCUGAAGCAGUGAAAGGGGAGAGGGAUGAGCUGGUGCAGGCUCUUGAAAGGGCGGGCGAGGAGAGGGAUGAGCUGGUGCAGGCUCUGCAGAGGGUGACUGAGGAGAAGGAUGAGCUGGAGAGGGCUGUUGCAGCAGCGAUAGGGGAGAGGGAUGAAGCGGUGAGGGCUGCUGAAGCAGUGAAAGGGGAGAAGGAUGGGGCGGUGCAGGUGGUUGAGAGGACGGGUGAGGAGAGGGAUGAGAUGACGAGGGCUGUUGCAGAGGCUGUUAGGGAGAGGGACGAAGCGGUGAAGGCUGUCGAAGCAGCGAGAGAGGAGAGGGACAGGGCAGUCGAGGCUGUGGGGUUGGCAGUAGAAGAGAGGAACGAAGCAGUGAGGACUCUUGACAGGGUGACAGCGGAGAGGGACAAGGCGAUGCUGGUGAUUGAUGAGGUGGUUAAAGAGAGGGAUGAAGCGGAGAAGGCUGUUGCAUUAGCCGUUGAAGAAAGGAACGAGGCAGUGAGGAUUCUUGACAGGGUGACGGCGGAGAGGGACGAGGCGAUGCUCGUGAUUGAUGAGGCGGUUGGGGCGCUUGGAGGGGCCGUUGGGGCGAGGGAGGCGAGAGGGCUGGUUGGAGAGAGGGUAGCGAUCAGGGAGAGAGAGGCGCGAGCGGUGACAGCGGAGAGGAACGAAGCGGAGAGGAACGAAGCGGAGAGGGACGAGGCGAUGCUGGUGACUGACGAGGCGGUUGGGGCGCUCGGAGGGGCCAUUGGUGCGCGGGAGGCGCGAGGGCUGGUUGGAGAGAGGGUGGCGAUUAGGGAGAGAGAGGCGAGAGGGAUGGUUGAGGAGAGGGUGGUGAGUGAGGAGAGGGAGGCAAUUGGGGCAGGAGGGGAUAUUGGAGAGAGGGAGGGGAUUGGGGAGAGGGAGGCUAUUGGGGAGAGGGAGGCUAUUGGGGAGAGGGAGGCGAUUGGGGAGAGGGAGGCGAUUGGGGAGAGGAAGGCGAUUGUGGAGGGGGAUGUGAGGGAGGUGGUGAAUGUGGAUGAAGCUGAAGCAGCAGGAGGGGAUGGCGAGAAGGUGACGGUUUGUGUGGGGUGUUCAAGUAAGUGUGAUGGGUUUGUGGGUGGGAGAGGCGAGGUGGAAGGGAGAUGGCAGGAGGCUGUUGCGGUCAAGGGCGAUGAGAAGUGGUGGAGAGCGGUGGAGAACGAUAGGGAGGAAGCGGAGAGGAGGCGGGAGGAGGCGAAGAGACGACUAGAGGAGCUGAAGGGGAUCCUUGAUGAGGUGAGAGGAAAGCAGGAGGAGUCUGAGCGGAAACUGGAGGAAGUCGAGAAACAGCUGGUGGACAUGGGGAAUGAGAAGGCUGCUGCUGAGAGCAGGAGAGAAGCGGCAGAGAGGGAGAGGGUUGAGGCAGAAGGGAGGAGAGUGAGAGCAGAGGAGAUGAGGGAUGAGGCUGAGAGGAAGUUGGAAGAAGUUGAGAAACAGCUGGUGGACAUGGGGAAUGAGAAGGCGGAAGCAGAGAGGAGUAGAGAGGAGGCGGAGGCUGAGAGAGAAGAAGCGGAAAGGGCGAAGGUUGAGGCUUUGGCACGGUUGGAAGCGGCUGAGACGGCACGCAAAGCGGUGGAGAAUGAGAAGGUUGAGGCAGAAGAGGGGAGAGUGAGAGCAGAGGAGCAGAGGGAUGAAUCUGAGAGGAGGAGAGAUGAUGCUUUGAGGGAGAAGGAGCAGGCAGAGAAGGAAAGGGAGGAGGUGGAGAAAGCAAGGGAGGAAGUGGAGAAAGCAUGGAAAGACGAGGGGCUGAGGAGAGCAGAAGCAGAGAAGGCACUAGAAGAGGCACUGGAGGCAGGUUUUGUGGUGGAUGGGCGGACGGGGCAGACGGAGAGGAGGAUAGAGAAGGCGGAGCAGAGCAGAGAAGAGGCAGAGAAGAUGAGAGAAGAGGCAGAGAAGGGAAGAGAGGCAGCAGAGAGGAGGAGAGAGGAGGCAGAGAGGAGGGGAGAUGAGGCAGAGAGGGCACUAGAAGAGGCGCUAGAGGCAGUAGUGCAGGCAGAGGUUCGAAGGGAAGAGGCGGAGAGGGAUAGAGAUGAGGCAGAGAGGAGGAGGGAAGAGGCGGAGAGGGAUAGAGAUGAGGCAGAGAGGAGGAGGGAAGAGGCGGAGAGGGAUAGAGAUGAGGCAGAGAGGAGGAGGGAAGAGGCGGAGAGGAGAAUAGAAGAGGUUGAGGAGGAUUUGACUGAGCUGGUGGUGAAGCUUGAGGUAGUAGAGAAGGCAAAAGCAGAGGCGGAGGAGGGGAUUCAGGACAAAAAUGCAUUGACAGGUGAAGAUGCAGAAAAGGGGGAAGUGGAUGGGGGGAUUACAGAGGGGGAGAGGGAGAGGGAGCGGGUGGUACGGGAGGUGGAAGAGUUGACAGUGCAGAUAGAGGUACUGGAGAGAGAGAAGGAGGAGGGUGAACGGGAGAAGGAGAGAGCUGAGAAGGAGAAGGAAGAGGCAUUGAGAGAAAGGGAGGAGGUUGUGAGACGGCUUGAGGAGAUGCAAGAGAUGCUGGAAGAGGUGAGAAGGGAGGAGGCUUACAGAAGGGAGGAGGCUGAACAAGAGAAGGAGGACGCUUACAGAAGGGCAGAAGAUGCUGGAGUACGAGUGAGAGAGGCAGAAGCAGGAAGAGAAGAGGUGGAGAGGAGGAGAGAAGUAGCAGAGGGGGCACUGUCGCUAGCAGAGGUGGUAUUGCAGGAGGCGGAGGUGUGGAGAGAAGAGGCGGUGAGGCGUUGGGGAGAAGCAGAGGGGGCAGUGUUGAUGGUCGAGGUGGUAUUGCAGGAGACAGAGGCGUGGAGAGAGGCGACACAGAGGAAGUUGGCAGAAGGAGAGGGGUUAUGGAAAGAAGCUGAGCGUGCGAGAGAGGAGGCAGAGAGGAGGAGAGAAGAAGCAGAGGGGGCACUGUCGCUAGCAGAGGUGGUAUUGCAGGAGGCAGAGGUGUGGAGAGAAGAGGCGGUGAGGAGAUUAGAAGAGGGAGAGGCGUUGAGGGAGGAGGCUGAGCAGGCGAGAGAGGAGGCUGAGAGGAGGAGGGAAGAAGCAGAGGGGGCUGUGGAGGUAGCAGAGGCAGCGAGAGAUGAGAUGGAGCGGGCGAAAGAGGAGGCUGAGGCUAGCUGGGAAGAGGCGCUGGUGAUGCUGGGAGAGGCUGAUAGGGGGCGAGAGGAGGCGGAGAGGAGAAGGGAGGAGGCUGAGAAGAAGAUUGUGGAAGCUGAGAGGUUGGGAGAGGUAGCAGAGAGACGAGGAGAGGAGGCAGAGAGACGAGGAGAGGAGGCAGAGAGACGAGGAGAGGAGGUAGAGAGACGAGGAGAGGAGGCAGAAGGUAAGGAACGAAGGGAGGAUGCAACGCACAGUUCUGAAGAGAGUGUGGUGAUCGUUUCAGAAGCUGAUGAGCAACCUGUAGAGGCGAGAGGGGCUGGCGAGGAGAAGGAGGGAGAGAUUAGAGGAGAGGAAGCGGGAAGCGAUGGUAUGGAGGGCGGGGACGGAGCAGAGGCAGUGGAGGGCGCUUUGGAAUUAGGGGCACGGGAGGGUAAGCGAUGGCGGGGUGGAGGUGGGGAGGAUGGGGAGAGCAGUGGAGGGGAGGAGGAGGAUAAGGGCUGCAGCCGUGAGGAGAAGGGUCGGGAGAGCAGUGGGGAGGAGGAGCAGGUGAAGGGAGUGAUUUGUCACUGCACUCAGAAAGAGGUGCUGCCCGAGGGUGCUGCUGCAGAGGUGCCACUCAGAGGGUGGCCGAAUCCUGACAGCAGUGGGGGGGAGACAAGUGUGGUUGGCAUGAGCUUUCUGGAAAGGGAAAGAGACGAGCUAAGAGUGCGGUGGGAGGCGGCAGAGGAGAGACGGAGGGAGCUGGAAGCGAUUGUGAGUAAAACGGGUUUGCAGCUAGAGAGGGUGGGUGGGGUUGAGGAGGUUGAGAGGGCGAGGGGAGAGGCAGAGAGAGGGAGGGAGGAGGCGUUGAAAGAGAGGGACGAGGCGGUGAGAGAAAAGGAUGAAGCUGAGAAGGCAAGGCAAGAGGCGGAAUUGAGGGUUGAGGAGGCGGAGAAGCAGAGGGAUGAGGCGGUGAAAGCGUGGGAGUGUGCGGAGGAGGCAAGGAGAGAGGCGGAGGCAGCAAGGGAUGAAGCUCUGGAAUCAAGAGAAGGCAUUCAGAAGUCGUGGGAUGAUGCUGAGGAGGCGAGGAGAGGGACGGAGGCAAGGCUUGAAGAGCUUAAGCAGGCUUUGGAGGAGGCUGAAAGGGCAAGGCAAGAGGCUGAGAUGGCAAAGCAAGUGGCAGAGGCGGCGAGAGAGGAGGCUGAGGCAACUUGGAAGGAGGCAGUGGAGAAAGCAGAAGAGGCGGAGGAGAGGAGCGAGAAGAGGUGUGAGGAGGAGAGGAAGGUGAGGGACGAAGCUGAGAGGGCGAGGGAGGAAGCUGAAAGAAUGAGAGAGGAGGCUGAGAAGGGAAGGGAGGAGGCGGUAGCGAGACAAGCCAUGCCGUGCAGUGCGUGCGCUGAAAAAGACGAGGCGAUGCAGUCCAUUCUCAACGAGCUUGUUGCCGCCCAGGCUGCGUCUGAAGCUGCCAUAGCGUCGGCGGCUACCAACGCUGCGGAGGAGGUUCGGGCGGAGCUUCGGAUGGCGCAGGAAGGGUGGGAGAAGAGGCUGAGUGAAGUGGAAGGGGAGUUAGAGCGUGUGAAAGGGGAGGGAGAGAAGCUUGAGAAGAGAGUGAAGGAAGCGGAGGGGGAGGGUGUGAGAUUGCGAGAGGAGGUGGAGGGAGAGAGGAAGGGGAGGGAGGAGGAGAGAGCUGCCAAGGAGGAAGAGAAGAGAGCAAAGGAAGAGGAGAGGAAGGCGAAGGAGGAGGAGAGGGAGAGACGGGAGCAGGCGGAGGCAGGGAGGAGGGCAGCGGAGGAGGAGGCGCAGUUGACUAGGGAGGACCUGGAGGUGAUGCGAGACGCAAAGAGGGAGACGGUGCGGAACCUCACAGACUCACUGCUGGCAGCGGAGGAGCAGAGGAAGCGACUGCUGUUCCUGCUGCGCAAGGCACAGGUCAUCGAAGCGCAGCAGAAGCGGCAGCAGUUGCGCCAGACCGCGGCGCAACGGCGCACGUCGCUAGUGCAGGCCGCGCGGCAAACUGGAGGGGAUGCGGGGAAGGCGGAACAUGGCCAGGGGGAUCCGGGGAAGCCGCCGCAGGGUCAGGGGGGGCAUGGGAAGGCGCAACUGGCCGGGGGAGCAAACCCGCCAGCGCACGCCCCGCUUCCGCCUCUUCCGCGGAAGCAGCAAACGCGGGUGCAAGCGCAGGUGGCGCAGCAGGGGGAAGCGCAGGCGGAAAAGCAGGCGGGGCAGCAGGGUGGACAGCAAGGGGGGAGGCAGUAUAGGGGGCAGCAAGGGGGGCAAGCGCAUAGGUUACAACAAGAAUCAUCACAGCCGCAACCAGAACAGCACCAGCAGCAGCACCAGCAGCAGCACCAGCAGCAGCAGCAUAAUUCCUCCGGGCAGGAUGCCACUCACGGGCAGGCGUCCGGGCAGACGAAAGGGCACCCUCAACCAGACAGGCAGGAGCCGGGGGGGCAACCCCAAGCCCACGGGCAGGGAAGCGGGCAGACUUCCGGGCAGGUUUCGGAGCAGCUGCCAAUGCACGAAGGCCACGUGGAGCAUGCUAUUCUGCCUGAGCGGCCGGAUUGGCUGGAUGAUUACGAGAUAGUGGGGAAGAUCGGCGAGGGGACGUAUGGGCUGGUGUAUCUGGCUAAGGACCGGCGCAAGGGCAAGGGGUCGGGGCGGUCGGCUCUUAAGAAGUUCAAACAGACCAAGGAGGGCGAUGGCGUGUCUCCCACUGCCAUCCGCGAGAUCAUGCUACUACAGGAGUGUGAGCACGAGAACAUAGUGCAGCUGCUCAACGUGCACAUCAACCACAACGACAUGUCGCUCUUCCUCGCCUUCGAUUAUGCCGAACACGACCUUUAUGAGAUCAUCCGCUUCCACCGCGAGCAUCUGAAACGUCCCCUGUCUGAAUACACGGUGAAGUCGCUGCUCUGGCAGCUGCUCAACGGGCUGCACUACCUGCACAGGUGGGUGAUGGGCGAGGGCGAGGAGCAAGGGGUGAUCAAGAUCGGCGACUUUGGCCUCGCCCGCAUCUUCCAGUCGCCCCUGCGCCCGCUCUCCGACAACGGGGUUGUGGUGACCAUCUGGUAUCGAUCCCCAGAACUGCUGCUAGGCUCACGGCACUACACAUGUGCUGUCGCUCGCCCUUUUUCGCUCAACCCACCUCCCUCACCUCGUACUCACAUCUUCUUUGCACGGCAGAAGGACCAGCUGGAUAAGAUCUUCAGAGUGCUAGGCCACCCCACAGUGGACAAGUGGCCAAUGCUGCAGUACCUUCCACAUUGGCAGGCGAACCGCCAACUCAUUCAAGACAAGAAGUACCCACAGCCAGAGCUCUACCGCAUUCUGCACAGCUGGUCGCCCAACUCGCAUGCCGUCAACCUGCUGCUGCGCAUGCUCGACUAUGACCCCAAGAAGCGGAUAACAGCAGGGCAGGCACUCGAGCACGAGUACUUCCGCAUCGACCCGCUUCCCGGCCGCAACUCGUUCUUCUCAGGCCACCCCAUGGAGCGCCCAGUGGUGUACCCCAAGCGCCCUGUGGACCUCUCAACUGAUUUUGAAGGCAUCUCCACCCUCUCCUCCGCUGCUGCCUCCUCCCAUGUCGCUGCUCUCUCUGCCAUGCCUCCACCGCACCAGCAGCAUCAUCAGCAGCACCAGCAUCAGCAUCAGCAGCAGCAGCACCAUCAUCAGCAGCAGCAGCACCAUCAGCAUCAGCAGCAGCAGCAGCAUCAGCAGCAACAGCAGCAACAGCAGCAGCAGCAACACCAUCGGCACCAUCAGCAGCCAUCAGCGCCAGGGCAGCGCAUGGCCAACGUCACCCUGCUGCACCGCUCAGGAUCGGCGGGGUUCGGUACGGGGCAUGGGGAGGGGCAUAGAGUGAACAGGGAUAAGAAGGGCCGGGAGGAGCGGAAAGGGCGUGAGGAGAAGCGGGAGGGCGGGAAGGGCGGCGGCGGGGUGGUGGUGGGGGGACCGUCCGCUGGCGGCGCGCUGAACGUGAUGCCGCAAUCUGGGGAAUACACCAAGGAGAAACUCGCGGAAUUGGCGCGCAACACCAUGCGCAUUGCAGCGCCUUCGUCCGCCUCCAGGCGCACCCCCCCUCCCCCUUCCGCCUCUAUCGCUGCAGCAGGCGCAGCCCUCUCCACCUCCGCGGCCCCCUCCUCCACUGUCACCCCGCCCUCCCUCUCCGAACCUCUCAUCGUGCUUCGGGGAUCGCUCAAACCCGCAGGCUCAGCAGCCGCCGAAGCAGAGGCCGGAGCUAGCGGUUCCGGUGCAUCAGGUUCGGCAGGUGCUGCAGCAGGAAUGGGAGGAUUGGGAGUGCCAGGAGCUACAGGGGGGAAGGACGGGGGAUUGGGGGCAAAAACUGGGGGGGAGAAAGGGGGCGGUGUGGGGGGAAUGGGGGAAGGGGGAGUGGAGGGAGGGCGGAGUGCAAGGGAGGUGUUUUCAGGGGGGAUGAGGGCAGGCGCGUGGGGAUAUGGGGGGGCAGCGGGGGGCGCAGGGGGGAUGGGAGGUGCAGGGUCGAUAGUAGCGGAAGGGGAUGAAGUGAUGAAGUUCCUGAGAGAGGGCCUUGCGAGACUGCAGACCGUGCUUCACCGUUUACCACUGCCAAUCACCCUACACCACUCUACUCCCACUCCACCCCUUCCCUCCCUCCCUCUCCAGGCCUCACAAUCCAAGGCUGAGCGGGAGGCUCGGGAGGCGGAGGAUCGGCUGGUGGCGGCGGCAGAGGAGGUGUUGGAGCUGGAGAGGGCGAUGAAGGGCGCUGAGAGCAAGUACCGCUUCGUGCAGGACCUCAGGCAAUACAUCGCCGUGUUGUGCGAUUUCCUCAAGGCGGAGGAUCGGCUGGUGGCGGCGGCAGAGGGGGUGUUGGAGUUGGAGAGGGCGAUGAAGGGCGUUGAGAGCAAGUACUGCUUCGUGCAGGACCUUCGGCAAUACGUCGCCGUGCUCUGCGACUUCCUGAAAGUGAGCUGCCUCAGAAUAAGCUCUGUGACUUCCUCAAGGCGAAGCUGGCUCCUCCUGGUGGCUUCUGGGGGCGCUGAGAGCAAGUACCGAUUCGUGCAGGACCUGCGGCAAUACGUGGCCAUGCUGUGUGACUUCCUCAAGGACAAAGCGGCGCUGAUAGAGGAGUUGGAGGAGUCGCUGCAGCAGCUGCAGGAGGAGCGUGCCAACGCAGCAUUCAACCGUCGACGCGCUGACCUGGUGGAUGAGCUGGCGCAAGCAGAGGCUGCCACGUCAGCGGCAGCAGCAGCGAUGGCACAAGGUGCCGGGACGGUGACGGCAGCGGCAGCGGCGGCAGCAGCGGCGGAGGCGGUGGUGGAAGGGGGAGGGGCGGCGGGAGGGCGGGUGGAGUUAGAUGAGUUUGGAAGAGACGUGAACCUGCAGAAGCGGUUGGAGUUCCAGAGGCGAGUGGCAGCGCGGGAGCGACGGCACGCCAAGGCUGAGGCCAGGAGGGCUGGGCGGGGCGAAGCAGAAGGGGGGGGAGGAGGUGGAGGAGGUGGUGUGGGGAGGGUGGAGGGGGAGUGGAGCAGUGAUGAGAGUGAUGAUGAGAGGAAUGCGGUGUUUGCGGAUGCAGCAGAGGAGUACAGCAGGAUAGAGCGAGUGAAGGAGCGCAUGGAGCGUUGGAAGCAGCAGCAGCACCCUAAACCCCUUGAUGCAGUGUUUGCGGAUGCAGCAGAGGAGUACAGCAGGAUAGAGCGAGUGAAGGAGCGCAUGGAGCGGUGGAAGCAGCAGCACCCCUCCGCCUACCGAGACGCCUAUGCCAGCAUGUCAGCGCCGGCCCUCUUUGCUCCCUUUGUGCGCCUGGAGCUGCUCCGAUGGGACCCGUUGUUUGGGGGAGGUGCCUUUGACUCCAUGCACUGGUACUCUGUCCUCUUUGACUAUGGCCUCCCAACCGACGGCUCCGAGCCUGCCCCGGACGACCCGGACACGAACCUGGUGCCGAGGCUCGUGGAGAAGGUGGGGCUGCCGAUCCUGCACCACGCGCUGCAGCACUGCUGGGACCCGCUGGACCGCGCCGCGACCAACCGUGCGGUGACAGCUGUGGAGGAGGUGCUGGUGUAUGUGGAGGCGGGGGCUCCCGCAGUGGUGGAGAUGGUGAAGGCCGUGGAGGGGCGGAUUGAAAAUGCCGUUGGGGAAAUUCAGCCCGUUUCAGAAACCACAUGUGGCCGUGGUGUGGAGGAGGUGCUGGUGUAUGUGGAGGCAGGGGCACCUGCGGUGGUGGAGAUGGUGAAGGCCGUGGAGGGGCGGAUGGAGGGGGCUGUUGCUGAGAUGCAGGAGGUGCUGUUGUUGAACUUUGAACAACCCCUUUCUUCCCCUCCUUCCGUCCCCUCCUUCCGUCCCCUCCUUCCGUCCCCUCCUUCCGUCCCCUCCUUCCGUCCCCUCCUUCCGUCCCCUUCUUCCGUCCCCUCCUUCCGUCCCCUUCUUCCGUCUUCUACUUCCCUCCUCCCCAACCCCCUUGCCACUCUACCAGCGUGGCCGCCCCCCAUACUCGCUGCCUGCCCCUCCGCUGCUCGAUUCGCAGCUCAGAGAUUCGGGCACGCGCUGCGCCUCAUUUACAACCUGGGAAGGAUGCGAGACGUGGUGUCUCAGCAGCUCCUAGAUCGACUCGUGCUGCAGUCUCUCCUGGCCAAUCAGCUGCUGCCACAUCUGCGCGCCCUCGCCCCCGCGCUGCACGACGCUGUUCCCCGUACAGAGCGACUCGUUUGUGUGCUGUGUGACGGCAAGUGGGCCGGCACGGGCAGCGGCAGUGCCUUGCCUCCUUCUGCUGAACCCAGGAACAGUCCUAGGUCUCCUCUAUCACUGCUGGUGGCUUAUAUCGAAACGCUGGGUCGGUCUGUAGAGAGUCGGAGUGCUGUGGAGGGGCAGAGGGAGGAGUGUGUGGGGCUGGCGAGGCGGCUGAAGCGCAUGCUGGUGCAGAUGGAGGAAAUGGAUAAGGCCAGGGCGCUUGGCAAGGUGUUUGGUAUCAAAGAGGCCCUGUAG